UGUUUUUCAGGGAACCAGGAGCUCAGAAGCAUGGCAGGGAAGCCCAGGCUUACCUACUGUAAUGGAAGGGGGAGAAUGGAGCCUGUACGAUGGUUGCUGGCAGCAGCCGGCGUGGAGUUUGAGGAAAUUUUUUUGGAAACAAGAGAGCAGUAUGAAAAGUUAAUCAAAGAUGGAGUCCUGAUGUUCCAGCAAGUGCCCCUGGUUGAGAUCGAUGGGAUGAAGAUGGUGCAGACCAGAGCCAUCCUCAGCUACGUAGCAGGGAAAUACAACCUCUAUGGGAAGGACCUGAAGGAGAGAGCCCUGAUUGACAUGUAUGUGGAAGGAAUAACAGAUCUGAUGCAAAUGAUUUUGAUGUUUCCUUUCUCUCCACCUGAGGCAAAGGAGAAAAGUCUUGACUCAAUUAAGGAGAGGGCAACGAACAGGUACUUCCCAGUCUUUGAAAAGGUUUUGAAACAACAUGGUCAAGAUUUUCUUGUGGGCAACAAAUUCAGCUGGGCAGAUGUGCAGCUCAUCGAAGCCAUUUUAGCAGUGGAGGAGAAAAUACCGGCUGUGCUGUCGGGGUUUCCUCAGUUGCAGGCUUUUAAAAUAAGAAUGAGCAAUAUGCCUACCAUUAAGAAGUUCCUGCAGCCUGGCAGCCCAAGGAAACCCCCACCGGAUGAACGUUAUAUAGAAACUGUGUUGAAGAUUUUUAAGAAAUGAAUGCCAUGCUACCUUCAGUAAGAUCCAA